AUGGCGGCCACGGCGAGCACCGCCAUCAGCAACGCCGCCCCCACAGCCCCCUCCGGCGAUACGCAGGUUGCACGGAGCGAAACCGAAGAGGAACGGCGGAUCAGGAAGGAAAAAAAGCGUGCGCAACGCGAGGCCCAGAAGCCGCAAGCGACGGCGGCAGCAGCCACAGCUGCCUCUGCACCUCCUAUUACCGAGGCAACCUCUCCCAAAGCGAAACCGUCGAAGGAAGAGCGCCACGCAGCCAGAGAGAAGGAUCGCCGUAGAAAGGAUAACGCGGGCGGCGAUGGUAACGGAAAGCCGAUUGUCAAGGUCAGCCCUGCCAACGAUGAGGACGCGGCACUGCUGCACGCGAUAGAAGCGGAGAACGAAGCUGUCGUUGCACAGAGCGUCACGAGCAGCCGCAGUUUUGCCGUCGCCGAGCUCAAGCAGGCGAUGGAAGAAAAGGAGCGGAAACGGCUCGAGUCAGUCGAGGGGCGGGCGCUGCGAAAGCGCGCGGAGCGGGAAGAGCGCCGCCGCCUCCGCCACGCCGUCGCCGCCGCCGCCGCCGCCGACACCGCAGAGGGAAAGACCUGCGGCGAUGAGGACGGCGCGUCGGCGACCGGUGCUGCUGGCCGGGUGGGACCGAGCCCGGUGACCGCGUUCGAUCCGAGUGAGCUGCAGCGGCAGGCUUAUCGUGCGCAGUUCCAGAAGGAUCUGGCACGUGCCACGGCGCUGCGCCGCCUGGUCGACUUUGACAGCAGCGGCGGUGUUGUGUUGGACCUUGCACCGCAGAGUGCCUACGAUCUGUACAUACGGGACUUUGGCCAAGGCGGGCGCGAGCAGGUUGGUGUGCAGGCGCCGCCUGAGGAGGAGCGACUGGAUGCUAGCACCCAGGCAGAGCGGGGCAAACUGCGGGUACGUGGGACACAGGCUCCGGAUGAUCUCGGUCUCUGCCCAGAAGAAGAGGCAGAGCGGCAAUUCUUUCAGCUGCGGCGCAAGGCGAUGCUGCGCAGCGGAAAGGACGGAGGUGGCGCCGUGGCUGCAGGCGACGGUGAAGACGAGGCGGGUGGCGAGGAGGGUGGGGAGGUGGCUGACAAGCCGGCUGCAGGUGGUGUUGGUAAAAAGACUCGCUUGGUGGACGCGGCACUGCUGGAGCGCUUCCUCACCAGCACACUUCCGGUGAUGAUUGCGGUGCUCGACGAGAACAGCACUACGCCAUCAGGUGCUGCGGUGGCUGCAGCUGCCGCGUCAGUAGAGGGUUCGAAGCCGAAGGCCUCGACAGCGUUCUCAUCCUCGUAUACCACCUUCUGCUGGCGUGGCACGCGCAACCGUCCAGUGGUGCAGGUGCUGGUGAACCCCUCCAACCCCCGUCAGCUCAUUGCCCUACACGGAGCCAUUGAUGAAACUGGGCCGUCUCCGAGGCUCGACACAUUCCUUUCUGUGCUGCUGUUGUGGAGUGUACAUGACGCUGCCACGCCGGAGCGGGUGCUCGUCUCCUGCUCUGCUGUCACGUGCAUCUGCGCUAGCCCCUCACGCCCCCACCUCCUCUACGGCGGCACUGCUGAGGGAAGCGUGUGCGCCUGGAACCUUCUCGAGCCAGACCGCCUGCACCUCUCCGCCGGCCGCUACGAGCGAGUUGUCUUUCACCUGCCCUCCUACAACACGGGCUGGCAGGUGGGCGGUCACGUCGCUCCAGUGCGACAGGUUUGCGUUGCAGGGUACAACACCACUGCACCCGCCACCCGAAAGGAGGGGCAGUACGAGCAGCUUGUCUCGAUGGACGACACCGGUGCUAUGUGCUACUGGGCACUGACGGAGAAGCGCGACCCAUUGGAGAUGAACAGCGGCGGCCCCGGCGCUGCUGCUGCGGCCAGCCUCAGUCUGCACGACAGUGAUUACGGUCUACACCCUGGCAGCGGUGUGAGCCUGCACCUCUCCAAGGACUCAACAGUGGCGACUGCCGCCGCCAGCGCUGAGGUGCAGCAACAAGACGAGGAUGGUGACACAGCGGUGACCUACAGUGCCAGCGUUGUGGGUGGUUUCGAUUUCUUGCCUUCUGAUGGUUCCCAAUGCAUCCUGACCGCCCCGCACGGCGUUGUUCGGUGCAGCCGCAUUGGCGGAAUCGCGUCGCCGUCGCUGUACGGCCCCUCCUGCAGCACCAGCCACCUGCCGUACGCUUUGGCGUCAAGAGAGCACUUCAACUGCGUGAAGGCGGUUGCCGUGCCGUGUUGUCUGCAGUACAGCGUUUUGGACCCACGGUGGUUUGUGGUGGGCUACGAGGACGGCACCGUACGACUCUACCUUCACCACAAGGCAGCGCCGCAGGUGACGGUGGAGGUGGGCAACACUCCUAUUGUCGCCGUCCGCUGCAGUGGCGCGAUACCGUGGGUGAUAUGGGCACUGGACGAGAGCGGCGAGUUGCACCUGAUCGAUUUCGCCUACCACCGCCGGCAGACACCGCGUCUCUCGCACACGCUGACGCAGCCGGACACCGGCUUGUGUACCUGCAUCGACCUGUCAUCCAAGAGCGAGAAGGCAGAUCAGCACUUCCUCGUGGCGGGGUUUGAGAAGGGUAUGGUGCAGGUGCACUCCGUUGAUGUGGAGAAGCUGCGGGUGGCUCAUUCGGAGCGCGACGAGCAAUGGAUCUGA